UCGUCCUAUGUUCUGUCAGCAAAUAAAUAGGAGCAAAUCUCUCUCCAGUAUUCACACCCCUCCUCAAUCCUUCAGUACUCGUGUGCUACCAGAAAGGAAAGCUUCAUUCAAGAUGAAAUUAAUCCUGCUUGCUGCCUGCAUCCUUGGGAUGGCUUUCUGUGCCCCUCCGCAGAUGUACAUGGAGUUUGACAUCCAUCAUGCUCCGGUUGAGGCAGCCCAGGCUAUUCCUGCUGGAGUCCCAGCUGGAUCUCUGGAAGUUCUGCUCCCAGUUGAUGCCCAGAGACAGCCUCUUGGAGGACCUGUCCGUGGCUUCAUCAAGCAAGAAAUCCCCCAGCCAAACGGUAGAGAGACCAAGGAGGUGUUCUACCCCUUUGGUUUUGAUCCAGCAGCUCCUGCCGCUCCUGCCGCUGCUGCCCCUGUUGCCGAUCCCAUUGUUCCUGCAGCAGCAGCCCCGGCUGCUCCUAUUGCACCAGCAGCUCCUGCAGCUCCUGUGGCUCCAGCUGCUCCAGCUGCUCCAGCUGCCCCUGUUGUACCUGUCAUUGCUGCCAGUGCCCCUGCUGCCAAACCCAGCGGAGAUGAUGAUGAUGAUGACGAUGACUAAACAAAUCAGAGUCAGCAGGAUGUGCACACACUUGUGCAUAGACAGGUGACCAAUGCAAUAAAACCAGCAGCCUACCCCGGUGAGAGAUGACCAGCCAACAUUGUUGUUUCCUAAAGUAUGAAAGAUAUGAUGCUAUGCCUUUGAAAAGAAAAUGGUGCUCUGCAGAUGGUGCUAUGCUUUUCCUUGAAAGAAAGGGGACAAAGUAUUGUGUCUCAAAUAAAAGCUGGCGUUAUGCAAUGAAAUAUGAGUGUCUUGAGUCACUGCACGUUGUUGUUUCCCCAAUCAAAUUUGCUAUAACUGUGCUUCGUAAUAAAUAAAAACAACUCAUCCAUUCUC